GGGCAGGGGGGUGCUGAGCAGGGAGGCAGCAGGAGGAGCAGGAGGCACCGCCCUGGCCCCAGGGCACUGGAUGAGAUCCGCUGUGAGAGCCUGACCGGCCCCUCACAGCUCGGCAGCGGUGAGGACCUCAGUACCGACAUAGUGCCCAGCCCCUGGGAGUGCACACUCACCCUGAUGGGCAUAUGGGUAUCGGGAUGACAGAAGCCUGAUCUCAUCAACAACCUGGCCACCAUCGCCGAAUCCAGCACCAAGGCCUUCAUGGAAGCCCUGCAGGCUGGUGCAGACAUCUCCAUGAUUGGGCAGUUUAGUGUGGGUUUAUACUCUGCCUACGAGAAGGUGGUUGUCUUUACCAAGCACCACAAUGAUGAGCAGUAUGCUUGGGAGUCAUCAGCUGGGGGUUCCUUCACUGUCUGGUCUGACCAUGGUGAGCCCGUUGGAUGAGGCACCAAAGUGAUCUUGUAUCUGAAGGAGGACCAGACAGAGUACUUGGAGGAGAGGUGGGUCAAAGAGGUGGUGAAGAAGCACUCCCAGCUCAUCGGCUACCUCAUUAUGCUUCAUGAAGGAGACAAAGGCAAGAAGAAAAAGACCAAGAAAAUUAAGGAGAAAUACGUUGACCAGGAGGAGCUGAACAAGACCAAGCUUCACAUGCCACAUCAAUGUGCAUUGAUGGGAGAGGGUACUGAUGAAGAUGAGGUGACUGCAGAGGAGCCCAGCACAGCUCCCCCCGAUGAAAUCCCCGCUCUCAAGGGAGAGGAAGACGGGUCCUGUGUGGAAGAGGUGGACUAA